UACAAGUGCCCAGCCCGCUUCGCGCCAGCAACCAGUCCUCUCGUUCAAGGGAGGGAGAGGAUAAGCCCCGAUCCCCCAUCCACUGAAUCUCGCGCGCGUCUGGUUUCAGCAAUCAGCAAUCCAGACAACCAUGGCGUCUCUAACCCUCCACCCCAUCAUCCCGGCCACCGCCGCUGCCGCUUCCACGACGUCGGCGCCCGCCACUUCCCGCCGCUGCCCUGCUGCCACACUUCGCCGCGGCACCCGCCGGUGCCUCAUCACCUGCCAAGCGGAGCCCGGCGGCGGCAACAGCACCCUCGAGCUGGCCGCGGGGGCCGCUGGGCUGGCAUCGAGCGCGACCGUGGCGUGGUCCCUGUACACGCUCAAGACGACGGGCUGCGGCCUCCCUCCCGGUCCCGGUGGCACGCUCGGCGCUGCGGAGGGGGUGAGCUACCUCGUUGUGGCGGCCCUGGUCGGAUGGUCGCUCACCACCAAGGCGCGCACCGGGUCGGGCCUCCCGGCCGGCCCCUACGGCCUCCUCGGCGCCGCCGAGGGCGUUGCCUACCUCACCAUCGCGUCCAUUGUCGUCGUCUUCGGACUGCAGUUCUUCCAGCAAGGGUUGAUCCCGGGUCCAUUGCCAUCGGAGCAGUGUUUUGGCUGAUUUUGUAAAUCAUCGCACUGCCGACUGCAAAACUCAAAACGGUUUGGGUGUUACUGAUUGUACAGAGAUAUCUAUUCAACUACAUCCAUUGCCAUCAGAGCAGUGUUUUGGCUGAUUUUGUAAAUCAUCGUACUGCCGACUGCAAAAUUCAACUGUUUGGGUGUUAAUGAUUGUACCGAGAUAUCUGUUCAACUACAGUAUAUAUGUGCUAGUCCGCCUGUGAUUGUAGAUUUGUAGUGUUUCAAUUGGAGGUUUUUCUUUAGUA